AUCUUUUCCACAGCUUCUCAGUUCUUCACGUUCUCUCUCUUUUCCCUCUCUAAGAUCCAACGGCUAUGGCGGUUCUAAAAGUCCACGGGGGCGUGCUUUCGACCGCCACGCAGCGAGUUCUCGCUUGCCUACACGAGAAGCAGCUCGAGUACGAGCUCGUGCGCGUCGACAUGGCAGCCGGAGACCACAAAAAGGAGCCAUUUCUCUCCUUAAACCCAUUCGGUAAGGUUCCUGCGUUCGAAGACGGGGAUCUAAAGCUCUUUGAAUCAAGGGCGAUAACGCAGUACUUAGUUUAUACUUAUCCUGAGAAAGGAACGGAGCUGAUCUAUCAGGAUCCAAAGAAGAUGGCAACGAUUGGGGUGUGGAUGGAGGUGGAGGCCCACCAUUUUGAUCCUGUGGCUUCGAAGCUGGUAUGGGAGCUGUUCUUCAAGCCCAUGUUCGGGAUGGCCGUCGACUCAGCGGUGGUGACCGAGUACGAAGCGAAGCUGAGUCAGGUGCUGGAUGUCUACGAGUCACGACUCGGUCAAAGCAAGUACUUGGGUGGGGACUGCUUCAGUUUGGCUGACUUGCAUCAUCUACCUUGCAUGCAAUACCUGAUGGGCACACCUGUUAAGGAGCUGUUCUACGCGCGCGUGCAUGUGGCUGCAUGGUGCAAUGACCUUUUGGCUCGACCAGCUUGGAACAAGGUCAUGGAGUUGAAGAACCAGGCCUAGCUCUCUCUCUCUCUCUCUCUCUCUCUCUCUCUCUGAGGAAGUAGGGGAGUAGAGAUGGUUUUUUAUGUCCUUUUGUUUCUUGUAAGUUUGUUAUCUGCUUAUGUGAUGUUGGUGGUAUGCUUGGACUCCAAAAUAAUAUUAACCUGUGAUCAGCUAGAUCACAGUUGUAUGUGAAAAA